CUCCAGUCACGUCAGCCUGGGCUGAAUUACAGAGAAACUCGCCGGUGCCCCGCCUUCUCGUGAAUAAUUAAUCAGCCCGACAGUCCUUUGUCCCACCUUUUCCGGCAGGCCGAGGCGGCUGCGGCGCUGAGAGGAGCUGGGCUGGAGCUGCUGCGGGACUGAAAAGUGAAGAGAACAUUAGGAAGAUCAGGUCUGUGGAGAGAUGCCGUCUGAUGUAACAGAAACCUCUGAGGGGGUAGAUGAGGCAGAGAAUGUCCGCUAUGAGGAAACAGAAGAGGACGACAAUGUCAGUCCCACUGACCUCUCAGAGAUGCUCAAGGAGGGGACGAAAGAGUCUCACGAUCGUGCAGAGAACACUCAGUUUGUCAAAGACUUCCUGAAAGGACGGAUCAAGAAGGAGCUCUUUAAGUUGGCUACUGUGGCACUUUACUACACAUACUCUGCCCUGGAAGAGGAAAUGGACUGCAACAAGGACCACCCUGCAUUUGCCCCUUUGUACUUCCCUCUAGAGCUUCAUCGGAAAGAAGCAUUGGCUAAAGACAUGGAGUAUUUCUACGGGGAAAAUUGGAAAGAGAAGAUUCAGUGUUCAGAGGCAACUAGGAGUUAUGUAGACAGAAUCCAUCAUGUUGGGCAGUAUGAGCCAGAGCUGCUGGUAGCCCAUGCCUACACACGGUACAUGGGGGACCUGUCUGGGGGCCAGGUACUCAAGAAGGUAGCCCAGAGGGCCUUGAAGCUGCCCAGUACUGGGGAAGGGAUCCAGUUCUAUGUGUUUGACAACAUUUCCAAUGCACAGCAGUUCAAACAGUUCUACAGGGCCAGGAUAAAUGCCCUGGACUUGGACAAGAAAGCCAAGGAGAGGAUUGUGGAGGAAGCCAAUAAGGCAUUUGAAUUCAACAUGCAGGUAUUUGAUGAAUUGGACAAAAUUGGUGCAUUGUUAACGGAAGAAGCCCAGGAUGGAGGGCUCCCAGUGCAUGAUGGAAAAGGAGACCUGCGCAAGUGCCCAUACUAUGCCACAAAACUAGGCAAGGGGGACUCUGGCUGCCCUUAUCACGUUGCCAUGGCCAUGCUGAAGCAGCCCACCAUACAGUUUGUCCUUGCAGCUUGCAUUGCCUUGGCUGCAGGUGUUGCAGCCUGGUAUGUGAUGUGAUGGAUGGAUACUAGAUGGAGUUACCUCAUGAUGACACAAGCAGAUGAACACACACUUUUUGGGACUGCUCCUCUGUUGUUGGAGUUUUUAAAUGCAAGAUUUAAGUAAACAAUAAACCAGAAUCUGCAGUGAAUGCCUAGGACUGUUUGUAUACCAAUAAUCCAAAUACUGCAUGGUACCACAAUCUAUAUAAUUACCCAGCAGGGUUCUGAGCUCGUAACUUAAUGCAGGAAUUGUAGUCUAGCUCCACAACUGCCACUUGAAGCCAAAAUCUGUAGUGACCGGAUGCGGGUCUUAAAUCAGGGGAUGGCUUUAGCCACCUAUUGUCAAAUGAUCAGCUCUUCAUAUCCCUGAGCAGGCUAGGGUUUGAUAGUGUUUGCCCCUUCCAAUGUAGUAUAGCUCCUCACAUGCUGAUCAAGCACAUAGUUUGUGACACUGGGACAGAGCAUUCAGAGCUGGCUCAAUCAGGAAUUGCACUUUGUCCUUCCCAAGGAGAAGGUGGUGGUGGGGGGAAUUCAAACUGCUCCAAAAACAGCUCAGUUGCCCCAAAGGCAGAAUAACUUGCUGCUCAUGCUGCAAGGACCCUAGGCUCAAAACCAGUUUUAUAAAUUAGGGUCCUUUUUUUGCCCUGGCAUGUAGCAAUUGCUGAGCAAAUAACUUCCCAUGGCCUGGGGGAGCAAGUCCUUGUAUAUAUUAAAGCUAAUGGUUAACUUUUUCAUGUAACUUAAUUGUGAUAAAGCCUUUGACCCAAUAAAGUUUAUACUCUGA